AUGUCGAAUAAUCCCUGGGCUGAUGGAGGGUCUGAAGGAGGAUGGGAAGAUGUUAGGCCACGCCGCGAUGGACAAGCGCCCUCCGCCGAUGGGCGAGAUCCUCAAAGCGCCCCCGCAGCGCUGAGGCCUGGCGGCGCCUUUGCUAACUUGGAGGCGGAGGAGGAACAUGCUUGGGGAGAACCAAGAAGACAACCAAGCGAUGGGCAACGUCUUGAAGGAGCACCCGCCUUUCUGAGGCCAGGAGGAGACAGAUCCGAGACGAACCCAUUUCUACGGAAAAAGGUGCCCCAAAGUCAGGAUGCGACUCCUUCGGAAUCUUUCUCAAAACUCACACUUGACGAGCCCAGCACAAACCCGUGGCAACCAGCAAUAGUCGGUCAGAAUGCGCCGACACCACCGCCGCCACAACUGGCUCCAAGCUUGUUGGACGAGAAUACCAAAGAUCCUUGGGCGCCAACACCACAGCCACCUAUCUCUGGAUCGCCGGCCUUGGUAUCACUGCCCUCGGGCCGAGAAUCGCCAGCUUGGGACGAGGAUCCUUUAGGAAAGAGCAACAAACCUCCUACCCCGCCUAUGAAGCUGACGGAGGAGCUCACCGGAGAUACCCAUGUCUGGGAUGAGAUAGGAGAUCCGAGCAAGGGCAAAGCCAAGGCUGCAGGAGCUGGAUCAGCAUCACCCGAUGACUGGAACUUGAUAGACGCAGAGCCCUCGACAAGCUUUUCCAAAGAAUAUACAGAGGAUAAACCACCUCUGCCGCCUAGACAACCGACAGAGCCGUCCGCCUGGAAACCUUCACGAGAGCCGGUAGACGGUAAGACCGAGACAUACCAAAUCAAGAACAUCCGAUGGCACGACGCGACCUCAUCACAGAACCCUCGGACAUCACCUAUCCUGAUCCAGAACGCGAAUGGACCUUGUCCGCUUGUGGCGCUGGUGAACGCCCUGACUAUGACAACACCUGCCGAUAUCGAGGACACGGCCCUGGUCCAAAUCCUACGCUCUAGGGAGCAAGUCAGCUUGAAUCUGCUUCUGGAUGCUGUCUUUGAUGAGCUAAUGUCGCCCCGGAGGACCAGCUCUGAAGAUGCCCUUCCUGAUGUGUCAGACCUGUAUGCUUUCUUACAGAGCUUGCAUACAGGCAUGAAUGUCAACCCACGUUUCGUACCAACGGAGAGUAUGGUGAAUGCCUACAAGCGGACGUCGCUGACACAUUUGCACCCUACGGAACGUGGUGAUUUGAUACCAGGAACCUUUGAGAACACGGCCGAAAUGGCCCUUUACGCUACAUUUUCGAUCCCUCUCAUCCAUGGAUGGUUGCCACCCAAGUCAGAGCCUGCGUAUGAAUCACUGGAGCGACAGGCCGCUUCAUACGAGGAUGCGCAGAACCUGCUAUUUCGAGAGGAGGAGCUAGAGGAGAAGCUAUCAGAUCCAGACGUUGGCCUCACCGAGUCAGAACAGCAGCUUUACCAAGAUGUUAUGAUUAUCAAGGAAUUUCUGGAGACCUCGGCUACUCAGCUCACGCACUGGGGCAUCGAAGUCAUCGGCAAGGCUAUCCGGCCUGGCACCUUUGCCAUUUUGUUUCGAAACGACCACUUCAGCACGCUCUACUGUCAUCCACAGUCGAUGCAACUUCUCACACUGGUUACAGACGCAGGCUUCAAGACCCACGAGGAAAUCGUAUGGGAGACGCUAUCUGAUGUCAACGGAGAGAGCACCGAGUUUGUAUCGGGAGAUUUCCGCGUUGUCAGCCUUAGUGGUGCUGUUCCCGGAACAAGUGCAGGAAACUACAACAGCAACGAUGGAGGAGAAUGGACAACGGUGCAGAACAAGCGCGGCAAGGCUCGACAUGAGGAUGAGCCUCCGAUGAGUCCUAGUACUGAACAGGAGGAUCGAGACCUGGCUCUUGCAUUGCAGCUACAAGAGGAAGAAGAGGAGAGACAUAGAGCAGAGGAGGCGCGCCGGCGGAGGGAGAGUAUACUUUCGGAGCAGUAUAUUGAGCAACAGGCUCGACAGUCGGGACCUGCGAACCGUGGUGGCCGAGGGGGCCAUGGCGACCAAGCUGGUCGAGGGGCUCCGAGGGGUGGAGGCGUCACCAGACAAGCCAGUGGUCUCGUACCGGGCCGAACCAGUUCUUCCAGUGCACCAACGACAACCAUGGCCACCGCACAGCCUCGACCUGCUCAGCAAGUAGUCCGCUCUCUCAUUCCUCCUCAGCGACAGGGCGUCACACGACCCGCCGAGGAAGCGGGUGAAGAUGCACCUCCUUCUUACGAGCAGGCAGCUCAGGACCAGGUGUAUCGGCCGCCGGUAGGCCAUCCGAGCCAUGCUGACAGCAGCGCCAGCAUCUCGAGGCAGUCUACAAGGACGGGUUCGGUAUCUAUGGGACAGCGACAGGUGGGCCAAUCUGCAGGCAGACGGCCGCCCGUUAAUCCCGCGGCGGUGAUUGGGAACAGUCAAUCGCAGUCUAAGGAUAGGGACUGCGUCGUCAUGUGA